UUUAAAUCACCUGAACGUUCUCGCACCUCCAGCUCGCCUUUUGCACAGUAGAUGGCCUCUAACACGGCCACCUCUUCCUGAACGACGCCGCCGCUCAUGGUGGCCCGGCCUUCCCCCGCCGACCCCUGCGUCGCCUGAAUCCCCUGCCGGCGAAGGGGGUCCGAUUUCCCGAGACGGGCUAGGCUAGUCCUGCCCCUGGUAUCCGAAGGACAAGUCGCUCUCGUUUAAAAUAACCCUCUAUAUUCAACCAAAUCGAUCUGAGUAGUGUCGUUUAAAUUAAAACGCGUUAUUUGACGUGAUAGACGUGUUAUGCGAGUUUAAGCUCCUGUUUUGCAUUGUAUACCGACUGUCGCAACUUGACGCACAGAAGAAAUCUGUGCGCUAUUGUAAUUGUGUACUUUUCGGUGAGGGUAUUUUAAGUCCGGUUAACACAAAUGACGUGCGCAGAGGUUCCCCCAACCCCCACAUCUCUCACUGUUCAUUUAUUACUCAUUCAUUCUUCAAAUAUAUUUAACUGGCUUCAAUUUCUAAAAUGUUAAACUACAAAUAAAAAAAACACUCGGAAAGUACCGUACAUUUCGUGAUGAGCACUCGACGAGGAAUGUAGUUUCGAUUGUAAUAUUCCAGUAUGGGAGAAGCAGUGAUCACGAUCACGCAGGUCGCUUGCCGUUGUAAGAAUUACCCUCUGGUGAGAAAUGUUAACGAAAUUCGUGAAAUGUCACAAAAUUAAACGUGUUAAAUUGAGACUUGUUAAAAUGCCAUGGUCGAAGCUUCUUAAAAUGUUAUAGUUGUGCUGUAACGUGCUUUUCGAAACAUUGGCCAAAUCAUGGUUAAGUUUACGGUUGUUUUUCAGUCACAUACAUUAACUUUUUAUCGUACUGUAAUUUUACGUAUUGCUGAUGAAAGCUGUGUACUGCUUUACGUUAAAACAAAAGUAUAACCUGUAUUACGUGUAUUCUUUAAUUUCUAUUUGCAGCGAGGCAACAGACACUUGGGACCCGAGGCCGGACCUAUCCACAUCCUGCCCUGUGCAAGUGAUGUUUCUGCAUUGUGGGGACGCAAUCCAGGGAGUUCUCAAAGUGAAGAAAGAAAGCAUGUCAUUUCCCAUCGACGACCUUUCAAAACACAUUUAUCGCCUUGGCCGGUUUGUAAAUUGCCCAUCAAACUUAGAGCCACGAAUUCGGGAUCUGGCCAAAGCUGGAUUUUUUUACACUGGAAAGGAAGACAAGGUUGAAUGCUUCUCGUGCAAAGGAGUGAUCGGUAAUUGGAAGUCAGGUGACUCGGCCAUUGCAAAGCAUUUGCAGAGUUUUCCAAAUUGUACAUUUGCUCGGUCACUGGCACAAGCUACAGACACUCAGACCUCCGGUGGAGCAUCUGUACCAAGACAUAUUGUGGCGGCUACCAACAAUGCAUCCGAGAUCACCCAUCAUCAUUCUCUGCCACCUUCGAUUGGCAUGAACGAACCACCUAUGCAAAACACUCUAACUUCCUUGCCAAAUGUGGAGGCAGGAGUACCAUCGAAUUCAGAGAUGUGUGUCGAAGCGAACAGGCUGCUGUCAUUCUCCACAUGGCCAGAGUCAUCUCCUGUUCGGCCUGCGGACUUGGCACGGGCCGGACUGUAUUACGUGGGUCCCAACGACCGGGUGGCCUGCUUCUAUUGUUCCGGCGUAAUGCGUGACUGGGAGGAGGGAGAUGUCCCUGCCAAGGAGCAUGAGCGACAUUUCUCAACCUGUGCUUUCGCGAUGGGCAGCAGCAACACCGGUAACAUCCCACUCGCUCAGGCCCAGCAGGCCUCAUUUUUGCCCGACACUCAAAAUAGUGCAUGUUCUGCAUCUAUGGCAAGGACAACGAGGGCCAGAAAUCCAGAAAUGCAUUCGGUGGUGGCGCGGCUUGCAACUUACCAGGCCUGGCCUUCCACUGCCAAUGUAGCUGCACAGCCACUCGCGAUCGCUGGCUUCUAUUACACUGGUCAUGGAGACAAUGUGAAGUGCUUCCACUGUGACGGUGGUUUACGAAACUGGGAACAAGGAGAUAACCCUUGGUAUGAACAUGGCAAGUGGUUUCCCAGAUGUGCAUUUCUUUUACAACAGAAGGGUGAAGCUUUCGUAAAUGAAAUAAUGAGGCAACAUCCACAAUUGAUAGACCUCACGGGUGAGGUAUUUAGACAGAGAUCACAGAAUGCAGCUGCACAAAAUGGGAAUGGCAUCGGCAGCACAGAUGAGACCUUGAUGAAGAGCGAUGUGGUCAAGGGUGUGCUUGAGAUGGGUUUCCUUGCACCGAUGGUGGAAUCGCUAGUGCGCACUCGCUACCUCACUAAGGGGGAGACAUACAGCUCUGUCGUUGAGCUCGUAACAGACGUGCUUAAUGCAGAAGAAGGAGGAGAAUCACCGAAGAAAUCCGCAAAUUACGUUCAGGAACAACAGAAGUCUGCUGCUGAGAAAAAGGAACUGAAAAGUGAAGAAUCGCUACCGCCGGAAGAGGAGCUCAAGCGGCUACAGGAACAGCACACAUGCAAGGUUUGCAUGGACAAGGAAGUAUCCGUUGUGUUUAUACCGUGCGGCCAUCUCGUGGUGUGUCGAGACUGCGCCUCCUCCCUGCGCAAGUGCCCCAUCUGCCGUGCAGUCGUUAGAGGAACAGUUCGUACGUUUAUGUCGUAGGCACAUGGCCAAGGCAAAAAAAUGACAUUGACACUGUCUUUAUGGCAUUUAUAAAAUGAUCUGUAUUAACAUACAUUAUCAUUUAUUAAAUAUUUAAAUAAUUGCGUAUGUUUUACUUCUUUUGCACCCUACGUAGUCAACCAUGCUAAUCGGAAAGUGCGUGUGUAGUAAAUGCAACAGGGAUUAAAGGUUAUAUAAUUGAGACAAAAGACGGCCAACAGCGAGUCGUUUUGGCAACAAACCUCAAUUAGGAUGUAUUGUGUCACUAAAAACAAAAAAGGGUGUGAAUUAUAGUUUAAAGGAAUAAAAUGACUGCCUUAAAAUAUUUCUGAAUCUUGAGAGGCAGGUAAGGCACCUCAAAGUGACAUGUGCUGCUUUUAAAGAGCAACAUUUAAUUAUUCGCAGCACAAAGCCAGAUGAGGUAGUCAUGGUUAAGGGUAUCAAAUAUUGAGUUCCAGACAGAUUAUACAUUAACGGUUUUCAUUUAUAUGGGCUAUAUUGUUUACAGUGUACAUUAGGUCUUUUUUUCUCUCCAUUUGUUUGCUAAAUAUAAUUACUCUUUCGGUGGAAGAUAUGUUUUAAAGUUAAUGUGACCAAUAUUUUUUCCUAUUGUGCGUUUGUCACAUUCCAACUGGUGACAUAGCAACUGAUGUUUCCCAUCGUUACAGUUGCCAAACUUUGCACAGCUACACUGCAUUGAUGAUCUCCAAAAAGAGUGAAACACGUGGCCAUUAACAGUUUUCAGAAUAACAAUUCCUUUCAGCAGCUUUGUUUUCAUAGUGGGAUUCUUUACAUUUUCAUAUAAGUUUUGUAAUGCUUAAUUUGGAAGUCAUAAAAGUGGUCACAAGAAUGUAAAUUGCGUGUAUUCUUAAUACACUGCAUUUCAAUUGGAUUGAGUGUGGCUGAGUGUGCCUAUGUCAAUGGUAUGAAAAUGUGAUAAUUCUGAAUUUAAUAUGCCUUGUUACAAAAGUGCAUAUUUUUACAAAACCUUGAUAAGUCGUUUAAUAAAACACGUGUCUGUAGUUGCAAUUUAUUGGCCAUACCAUUUGCUUUAUCCACUUUAAAGUAGCUUUACAUCCAUUAGUGGAUUGUGUUCAAUGGUAUCGUGACAAGAUUUUUGUACAAAGCAAUAUCAGUUGUAUAAUUAUCCUGUCAUUGCUUUACUGUACCUAUAAUUGUACCUAUGAUAAUUGGUAUUUUGCAACUGAAAAGACUAGUAUAGUUACACUUAAAACUUUAUUUAGGCUCAUUAUUGUAAUGAAUGUACAAUGGUCUAUGGAAUUAUAAGUGUGGGAGAUUAACAUCUAUAAACAUUCAGCUAAAAUGUACACGUCACGUUUCACAAAAAACUGGUUAAUAUCAUUGCAUCUGAAAUGGAUGGUAAAUGUUAUAUUUUUAUAUAUAUAAAACACUACGCUUAUUGGUGAAAGAGCUUAAAUUGCUUACCACUAGCCAGUUAACCAUUUUUCUCAAUAACCCACAUCUAAAUGAUACCGAGGCACAUGGUUGCCACAAUCCUGAGGCUUUCAUAAGGAAGCUCAGGAGAACUCAAUCGUGACUGCCAGCAGUCUUCAGUUGACCCUGCUUCAUCUUGGACGAUCUCAGAUUGAUUUCUGGGAUCUCAAGACGAAUUCGUGGAGGGCCGAGCAGGUCUUUGUGGAACAGGUCUAUUCUUCCUCAGUUUUUUUUCAAGUUGGUUCUAUUUCAAUAAAGAGCUAUUGCCGAUUAAAUUAUGUUAAAUGAUUUCUGGAGUAAUUUAUGGCAUAAUUGUAAAAGUGCAUUGAUUUGAAGACUUGUCAGACUUGAAGUGCAGUUGAAUUAUUUGGGUAAUCUUUAUUUGAACUGGAAUGUGUGAACGUCUCGCACCAUAUGUAGUCAACCGUUCUAAUCAAAUGUACAAUAAUAUACAAUUGAGAAUUACAAUUACAAAGCUAUGGAACACUUAUUGCAAUGUGAAAACAUUGUAUUGUAUCUUGACUUAAAGCUUUCGUGACUGCAGGAAUUCAUAUUCUUUGAGUCUUUCAGUAAAGUCAAAGAUAGGUUCAAAGAAAAUAAAAACGUUUCGAUCGCAACGUCGUAGUUUAUUUUCUUUGAAUCUGUGACUUUUCUGAAAGACCCAAAGAAUAUUGUAUUGUAUGCUAUGAAAAGUUGACAACCCUGCUGAGAAUGGUGGGAAUGCACAAUGAUAGUGUUUUUAGAUGACAUUCUGGUAUGCAUUAGUCGUUAAUUGACUGGUGGAAGAGGGCCUAUCCACACCUAGUCAUGGGGGUUGUUUUGCUAUACCAGCGUGGUCAGUGUGGGUCGAUACAAAAAUUGCCCCAGACCUAUGCAGAUGGCAUUCCUCACCAAUAUUAGCCAGGGCUCAUCUGUGUACUGGACGUGUGAUUGCCAGGGUCAUUGCGCAAUGCACCAACGUCUGGACAAACUAACCCAACGGCAAAACCCAGUUUGAAUAGCUGCAUUUAAUAUUGAAUGCACAAGUUGUUAAAAAUACAUUGUUGUUUUAACAUUGUUUUGCCUAAUGCAUUAAACAUACGUUGAAAACAU